AAGUUGACGUUUCAAAAAAAUUUCAAAAUAUUGAUAUGCUGAUAUCCUAAACGAUUUAAACUAGAAGUUGUUCCUCUAAUGUUUUCACUAUCUUGUAUUAUAAAAUAUGAAGAAAAUCAGCUUUGGCAAGAUAAGUACGAACUUUCGGCAAAACUCCGAGAAAAUAGAAGCAACAGGAACCAUAGGCACUUUCGGGCCCCCGAAAGCCAUAGAAGUUCUAGACGACGACAAUGAAUCGCAGCAAAUGAAAGAUGUUAUGGGUAUCUCGACGUUCGGCAAGAAAGCAAAAGUCUUUGACAUCAAAGAAAUGAUUGCCCAAGUCAAAGCAACUGCAAAAGAAGUGACUAAAAAACCAGUAGAAGAUGUACCUGCAGAUAGUGAAGACUCUGAUGAUAGUGAUGAGUUUAUUGGUCCACCAUUACCCCAAGAUUUGGGUGGUAGCAAUAAGGAAACAACAAAAGCUGAAAGUAAAAUAAGUGAUGAUGAUAGUGAGGAUGAUAAAGAGGAUGAUUCUCUGUUCAUUCCUUGUUCACAUGAAGCUCAGAUGACACAUGGUACCAAAGCAGUGACGGCGAUCAGCGUGGACCCGAGCGGCGCCCGCCUGGCCUCGGGCUCCGUGGACUACGACGUCAGCUUCUGGGACUUCGCCGGCAUGGACUCGGGCAUGCGCACCUUCCGCACGUUGCAGCCCUGCGACAACCACCCCAUCAGGGGGCUGCACUACUCCGGCACGGGGGACCUGCUGCUGGUCGUGUCGGGGGCCAGCCAGGCCAAGGUGGUGGACAGGGACGGCUUCGAGAAGCUGGAGACCGUCAAGGGGGACAUGUAUAUCACGGAUCAGGCGAGAACCAAGGGGCACACGGCGGGGUUGCUGGCCGGGAUUUGGAAUCCUGUCACCAAGGAGGAAUUCCUGACGACCAGCUUCGACGGAACAGUGAGAAGCUGGGACUUUUACGAGGGAGGCAAGCACCACAAGCGGAUCAUAAAGUGCAGGGCGCAGAACGGUCUGAAAGUCGCCCCCACCGCGGUGAAUUUCAACAGGGAGGGCAAAGUGAUAGCGUGCGGCUGCGCAGACGGGUCGCUGCAGCUGUGGGACUUUAGGAAGAGCACAGUGGCGCCAGCCAUGCAAAUUCGGAAAGCACACCAGCCAGCAGAGAUCAGCAGCAUCUGUUUCUCGCAUGUCGGAGACCAUUUGCUGACGCGCAGCUGUGACGAAACGAUGAAGUUGUGGGAUUUGAGGAAGUUCAAAGAGGCUGUGCACCAGGUGGGGGACCUGUUCACGCGCUACGACACCACCGACGCCAUUUUCAGUCCAAACGACGCGCUCGUCGCUACCGGAGUAUCUUUGAAAAAAGGCGAGAAGACCGGCACCAUCCUUUUCUACGACACCAGCUCGUUCUCGCUAGUGCGCCGCCUCACAAUCCCCGAAGCCACUCACACCAUCAAACUGUGCUGGCACCCGAAACUCAACCAAAUCUUUGUCGGCACCGGCUCCGGAUUGGUCAAGUGCUUCUACGACGACAGACGGAGCAUGCGCGGCGCCACUUUGUGCGCCGUUAAAACGCACCGCAAGGCGCAGCACUCGGAGAUCGUGAGCACUACGCAAGUGAUUACGCCGCACGCUCUGCCGCUGUUCCGGCAGGAACGAAGGAAGACCAGCAGGAAACAGAUGGAGAAGGACAGAUUAGACCCCGUCAAGUCUCGCCGACCGGACCUGCCCAUCACCUCGGGCCAGGGGGGUAGGGUGGCCUCUAGCGGGGGCACGUUGAGCAGCUUCGUCAUCAGGAAUUUGGGGCUGAGCAAGCGGGUGGAGGACGACCAGGAUCCGAGAGAGGCGAUCUUGAAGUACGCUAAAGAGGCGGAGGAGAAUCCGUACUGGAUUACGCCGGCGUACAAGAGUACGCAGCCGAAGGCUUGUACCAGCAAGUUUGUGGAGGAGGAGGAGAAGGAGGAAGGGGGGCCGGAUGCCAAGAAGGCGAAGAAUGAGUGAUUUUUUGUUGUGGGGAAUAUUGAGGAUGUAUUUAUUGAUUUAUUUGUUUUAGAAUAAAAUUGAUAUUUAAU